GCAGACACAGGAGGAGACUGGUCGUAUGGACACGGCUCUCUGGCUCAUUGCCAUCACCUUCCUCACAGUGGGAUACGGGGACGUGUCCCCCAAAACCAGCUGUGGCAAAGUGGUGUGCCUCUUCACCGGAGUCAUGGGUGUGGCCUGUACCGCCAUGCUGGUGGCCGUCAUGACCAAGAAGCUGGCGCUGAACAAAGGAGAGAAACACGUGCACUUCUUCAUGAUGGACAUCCAGAUCUCCAAGCGGAUCCGCCAUGCUGCUGCCAAUGUGCUGAGGGAGUGUUGGCUGCUGCACCGCACCAACCUGACCAGGGAAACAGUGGAGAGCACCGCAGACACCAGAGGUGCCUACUGGAGGCCAUCAGAGUAUUCCGGCACCUGCGCCUCAAACAAAGGAAGCUGAGAGAUUACGCCAGUGAGAUGGUCGACCUGCCCAAG